AUGCAAGCCUACAAAGCGGGGCGCCUGAAUGGAGGUAGGAGAGAAGCUUGCCAUAGGCAAUCACAUUUGGAUGUCAGCUUGCCUUCGUCCUCUUCGGCCACAACCAGCAAAUCCAAAAAAAAGAUGCUCACGGGGAUCAAUGAACUAGAGAACACCUUCGGCCAUCCAGGCAGUGCAGAAGAAGGAAGAACUGUCUCGGUUUACAACCUCGGAGCCUUCUCAGGAUGCACCUUGACAUUCUUCAUCGGCGAACGACUCGGCAGACGCCUCUGUAUGGGCUUCGCCAUGAUCUGGAUUAUCGUGGGUGCCCUACUCCAAUGCACUUCCUAUUCCGUCGCCCAGGUCAUCAUCGCGCCAUACAUCACGGGCAUUGGCACGGGGAUCGAGACCAGCACAGUUCCCAUGUACCAGAGCGAGCUAUGCGAUGCCGACAAGCGCGAUCGACUCGUUUCUUCGGAGCCGCUCUUUGUGGGCGUUGGGAUUGUGAUCGCAUAUUUCUUCGACUGCGGUAUGAGCUUUGUGCCAGGCCGUGUCGCGUGGCGGGUGCCGAUCGGAUGCCAGAUCGUCUUUGCGCUUCUGGUCAUCGUGCUUGUCUUUGGUUUGCCAGAAGGACGGAACGAGGAAGCCAUGCAGGUUAUGUGCGAUGUAUGGGGUACGGGAGCAGAAGGUGAGAAGGUUUCAAAGAUGCAGGAUGAAAUUCUUGCGGCUCUAGAUCUCGAGCGCAAGCAUGGCGAAUACCGAUGGCGCGAUAUCUUCAAGCGGGAUGAUGUUCAAACUGGUCGCCGUGUGCUCCUCGCUUGGGGCAUGCAGUUCAUGAACCAGAUGGGAGGCAUCAACCUGGUCGUAUAA